GUAAGCCGCGGGAAAUUUCGAGGGGUAGCAGGCGCUGUAUUGUUUUUUUGCGGCGAGUUUGCGUCUGUCUGUACUUUGUAGCGCGACCCUUCGUGUUCUAUGAAAACUUUUCCCCAAUAAGCUGUAUAAUUUUAAACUUCGCUGGAACUGAAGUGAGGCAGACCGUGUCAAUGGACGAGGAGGAGCGAACCGCAUAUAUACAGAGGCUGAAGGCUGCUGUCCAUUAUACGACUGGGUUAAUUUGCCGGCAGAUGGAAGAAGAAAAAGAAGUGCAGUUUACUCGACAAACAAUCGCUGCCAUUGCCGAGACAGCUUUCAAACAGUGUGAGAUCUUUGCAGAAGAUCUUGAAUUAUUUUCAAGGCAUGCAAAACGGAGCACAGUAAAUGUAGAUGAUGUGAAGAUCACAGUUAGGAGGAGUAAACCUCUGUGUGAUUUUAUCUGCCAGAAGAGUGAAGAACUAGCUGCUGGUCAACAAGAGAAAAAAGAAAAAAAGAAAAAGACCACUGGGAAAGGCAAGAAGAGAAAAGUUCAUAUUGAGUCAGACGUAUCUGAGAGUGAAGAUUCCAACAUGCUUUAGCGUCAGCUUUUCGUUUGUUACUGUACAUGUAGUUGGGUGGUCCCAGUACUCCAGGUUUUGACAACCUCACUGAUAUGGUGUACAUAAGUGGUGUGAAUUGCAGUCUUUAGUCAUCUCUGUGGUUGUUCAAGUUUAUUUUCUUGAUUUAAUUCAAUAUUUUUCAUUUAUUCAUGAUUAAUCUGAUGAAUCAUAGCAUAUUGAAAAGAUACAUCUGGUAAAUAUCACCAUUUUUAUUUAUGUAAAUACAUUUACUAUUCAAAAUAAAGGUUGCCGGAAAUGACUAUCUAGGCUUUGGCAAUAUAUGGAUAGCUGCACCUUGCUUAAUUUUUGUAAAUAUUGCAAGUAGAAGUUAUAAGACAAUUCCAAUGUCAUAGACCGGUGUUGCCAGUGAAUGUUUUGUCACAUAUUUUAACUGGUAGCUGAAAACAUUUAGUGUUUUUGUGUUUUGCAUAUAUAGUCUAUUUCUGGAACCCAGCAAAAUAAAUAUCAUCUUUCCACAAAGUUGUGAUAUGUGGUGUCAGAAAAGUUUUUGCAUGUUUCUUUUAAUAACAGAUCAUCUGUUUAUUACUGAAACUGCUCAAUUCUUCUUGGGGUUAUGGGAUGAAGGGUUACUAGCCCAGAAGCACUGGAUGGGAUUUUACUCCAUUUCUGGGCACACUCAUGCACACACCCAUGACAACUUAGACAAUUUAGACUUGCCACUCAAUAUAUUCUGCAUGUCUCUGGAGUUUGUUAGGAAAGCUGUAACACCUGGAGAAGAAGCCCUCGUAACAACUGUCUGGAUCACAACUUGCAGUCAUUUUGCGAUAGUGUGAACAUACUUGAAUAAAUUGUAUUCUGUUUUGUUAAACAUGGUGUAAUCUGUUGAAAUCAGGAACAUUUUUAUAAAUAGAUGAUGUCAUGUGAAUAUUAUUAGCAUAUUAGGUCUGUCAGCUAUUAAGACUUCACUUGAAUUUCACAAUAUACAAUUUGGACACUUUAACUGAUCUAGUGCUAAAUAUGUUUGUCUGAACGUAUUUGUUUUAAAGUCUUGAUUUUUCAUUUGUCAUUACUUCCUUUAUUUUUAUGUUUUAUUGCAUGUUUUCAUGCUUUUAAAUUUGUGUGAAUAUCUGAGAGUUUGAGUGGGUCUUAUUUCACAUACAGGCAAGCAUGUUGGUUAGGAACAAAUGCAAAGAAGGCUAUUCCUAACUUGCAUGCCACUUUUAGUGUUAAAAUGGGCCUUUAAAUUACUAAACUUUUCUGUUGCCUUGUGUAAUCAUUUUAGUAUUCAUGCUUUUACUCUAGAGAAAUACAUAUAUAGUACAAAAAGAAGCAAUGUACUGAAUGUGUCCUUCCGAAGUAUGUUAAAUCCUAUGUGCUUAAUAAAAUGGUUUUCUGUAUGUGAGUUUAGCAAUAUGUGAUACUAUAUUGUUUUUCUUUUAUAGUACACAUUUGUUUGAAAUCAUUUGACACUAUUUUUUGUUGUUACUCCCGUAUGAUUUACUUUGCUUCAUUGUGAAACAUAGUGAGAAGCACAGUAUGGAAAUGUGUAUACUGUACACAAUAGCCAAACUGCCCCACUUAGAGAUACAGUAGGUCUACCUGCUACCUGUGAAAUACUGUAAUGCAGGUGUUAAGGAAAGAUGUUACCCACUUGUUAUGUUAUACAGUACACUUGUUUCCAGAUCAGUUAGGAGAGAAGUAAGAAAACAACAACAUGUCAGAUGCAACUUGGCCAUUUUGGUCUGCUAUUUAUGGAAAUUGAAUGUAAAUGUAAUUAUCCUCCUGUUACACCGAUGUUUCAGCAGUCACAAAGAUAUGCAAAUCUGAUCCAGUAAUAUACACAUGUAUGUGUAUUAAGGAGGAAAGAGGGAUAAGCACUUUUUGGUUUAAGUCGGUGCAAUCUGAGAAAUGUGUUUUGUAAACUUAUGGUAGUCUUGGUUAUGUUAAGAUGUUGAUUCUAGUCUAUAUAAAUCUUGAUUAAAAAGUAGGAGGAAUGUUUAAUUUACAACACUUCCUCUUUGAAAUUGUGUUAAUUGUAGUCAUUUUCUAUGACAGCUGUUGCUGUGUACAGUAUUUGUAAAGCAUUUUGUUUAUAGUUAUUUAAAAUGCUUAAAAUAAAGUAUUUGAAACUAGCAUCUUAUUAAUGGCAGAAGGACAAAAUAGAGAUAGAAGAUGUUUUCUUUCUGAAAGCAUUUUCAUUGUGAUAUUCUUUGUUUAUUCAUUGUGAAUUAAAUUAUUCUGCCACCCAGCGCACUUGAA